GGCAAAUUCAGAAAACGGAAAAAUGAAUUGCAAACAAAAGGAAAAGAAAAUGAUAUCUAUAAGUGGCAUCGAGAUGAUAGAUUUCUCCAUUCCAACAUGUAACAGAAAGAAUCUUUUUAUGACAAAUAUAGUCAGUGGCAUGGACGCCAUUGAUGUUGAGGAUCAACUCCACUGUAAAUUCUCUCAGUUUGGUUUGUUAUAUGAGGUGCAGGUGUUCAAGUCCAAGAAUCAGGCACAGAAAGAGAAUGCUGUUUUAAGCUACUCAGAAAAUGCUACUGCUUAUUAUGCCUUUAUUAAAUUCUACUCGUCUAUAGCAGCCACUAGAGCUCAAAAAAACUUGACUGGAAAAUGUUUCAUUGGAGAAAAAUGCUGCAAGAUCACAUAUGCCAAGCGCACGAAAGUUCCUGAAGAGCCAUUAUGUUUAACUGUAAGCCAGUGUGUAGAGUUAGCUAACUAUUAUCUCGGCUUUAAUGGCUGGUCUAAUGAAAUACAGUUGUUAAAAAGAUACACUAGUGAUGUGGAGAGCAAUACAGAACAAGACAAACAAAAUGUGAUAGAGAAUGGUACAUCUGUAGAUAGGGAAGUUGAAACUGUAAAGUUUGUUUGUAUCACCAAGCUCUAUAUCACUGGUCAUUUCCUGUCUAGCCAGGGAUCUGGAGUGUGGGAAGAAAAAUACUCCAGGAAUGGAGAUGGAAAAGGAACAGCGUAUGGUAAGGCCAGAAAAAUAGCCAAACAACGAGCCUUACAGAAUGCCUUGUCUAAAUUACUAUUAAUAGUACUGCCUGAUGGUAAAGUCACAGUGGAGGUUAACCCUUUAAUACCAGACAAUAUCCCUUCGGCUCAUGAUGACCGCGAUCUCCCAUUUUUAAAGGUGAAUGAAAUUCAUACAGAAGUGGAUCUUUCUGACAGUGACCAUAUUCAAGAUGUUUUACACAAUUUACAAGAUCUAGAGGAGAGCAUGAUUGGCUGAACAUGUCAUUACAUUGACCAAUCAGAGUCUCUGUAACAUUGACCGUUCAUUGUAUCAUUGUAUCAUUGACCAAUGAGGGGCUUUGAAUCAUUGACACAGUUCUAUGAAGCAAGCCAACUUCAUUUCAUUAUUUCAUCAGCCAGUCACAGUCUUUGUAACAUUCAUCCAUCACCCAAUCACAGUCCCUGUCAUGUCAGACACAUACACGAAUCAAUAUUCCAGCCAAUCACAUUCUUUGUUAUAUAUUAUAUAAGAUAUUUCCAUGGAUAAUUCUUUUGAAUUAUACUUCCUUACUCUAGCUUUGUAAAUAUUGUAUAAAAGUUUGUAUAUAUGAUCAGUAAAGUUUAUAUAUUUUGUAUUGACUGGACAAAUCUGGCUCUACCUGUCCUUGGACGUGUCGAUAUUCCAUCUGUAUAUCACUCUGAGCAACGGAAAGGCCCAGAUUUGUCUGGCUAAUUUUGUACAAAAUGCAAGGUGGUAAAGUUUUUAUACAGUGAUAAAGUAUAGUAUGUUAAUGUUGUAUAUUUUGUAUAUGACUAAAGUUUGUAUACUUUGAUAUUUGUGUAUAUUUUGAUAAAGUUUGUAUAUUGUUCACAAUGUUUGUAUAUACAUGUGUAUAUUGUAUUGGUCCAAUCAUUCCUUAUUAUUUAAUUUGGAUUAUUUU